AUCAGAGCAUAGCAUCUUAAUACUCUUGAUGUUCUCUGGUCUUCCCUGAAAACUAAUAGAGAGAGAGAGAGAGAGUUUAGGAAGAUGGCAGCAGUUGAUCCUCACUCGUUCACGGACUCAAGGCAAGCAAGGACAAGGCACGUAGCCCUGAGUCUCUACCUGGACUUGCCCUCAUCCACCAUCCACGCCUCGGCACUCUUCAGUCUCCAAACCCCCCACAGCGGCCCCUUCUAUCUGGACACCCGCUCCCUCACCAUUCACUCCGUCAUCCACCCCAAAACCCAGACCCCUAUCCCCUUCUCUCUCUCUGACCCUGACCCCAUCAAAGGCUCCCUCCUCUCCUUCACUCUCUCCGACCACUCCUCCUUCCUCAUCUCUUACUCCACCUCCCCUUCCUCCUCCGCACUCCAAUGGCUCCUCCCUCCCCAAUCCUCCCACCCCUUCGUCUACACCCAGUGCCAAUCCAUUCAUGCACGCUCCGUCUUCCCCUGCCAAGACACCGCCGCCCUCAGAAUACAAUACUCCGCCCUCCUCAACGUUCCUUCUCAGUUAUCCGCCGUCAUGGCUGCCCGCCACGUGGAGCGUCGCUCGCCCAAACACGACGACGCCGUUCAUGUCGUUUUGCCGGACGGGGAAUCGUGGUGUGCUCAAGGGAGGAUUGUGGAGGAGUUCGUCAUGGAACAGUCCGUGCCGCCUUACCUCUUCGCUUUUGCUGUUGGGGAGCUUGGGAAUCGGGAGGUGGGUCCCAGGACAAGGGUCUACGCCGAGAACGCGGCCGCUGUGUUGGAUUCCGCCGCGGCCGAGUUUGCCGGGACGGAGGAUAUGAUAAGGGAAGGGGAGAAGCUGUUUGGGCCAUACGAAUGGGAGAGGUUUGAUUUGCUUGUUUUGCCGCCGAGUUUUCCUUACGGGGGAAUGGAGAAUCCCAGGAUGGUGUUCUUGACGCCCACUGUUAUUAAGGGGGAUGCCACCGGUGCACAGGUUGUGGCUCACGAGCUUGCUCACAGUUGGACUGGGAAUUUGAUCACUAACAAGACCAAUGAACAUUUCUGGUUGAAUGAGGGAUUCACUACUUAUGCGGAGAGGAGGAUUGUGGAGGCUGUCCAAGGAGAACAAAGAGCCGCGUUGAAUAUUGGAAUCGGUUGGAGGGGUUUGAAUGAGGACGUUGAGAGGUUCAAGGACAACUUGGAGUUUACAAAGCUCAAAAAUAAUCAGGAAGGAAUUGACCCAGAUAAUGUCUAUUCUCAGGUUCCCUAUGAGAAAGGUUUUCAGUUCUUAUGGCGCAUUGAGCGACAGGUUGGGAGACCUGCAUUUGAUGAGUUUCUGAAGAAAUAUAUUGAUACCUUCAAGUUCAAAUCCAUUGAUACCGAAACAUUCCUUGACUUCCUUAAAGCCAACAUCCCUGGCAUAGAGAACCAGAUUGACCUAUUGCUGUGGACUGAAGGUACCGGCAUUCCUCCUGAUGCUUAUGAACCUGAAUCCACUGCUUAUAAAACGAUUGUAUCACUGGCAAAUGAGUUCACAAAUGGGAGGAUGCCAAGGGAGGAUGAAGUUGCUGGUUGGCAAGGUCAGGAGUGGGAGCUCUACUUGGACAACUUGCCAAAAUCCAUUGAAGCUUCUCAGGUCAUAGACUUGGAUUCACGCUACAAGCUAUCUGAGUCAAAAGAUUACGAGGUAAAGGUGUCAUUUCUCCAAAGGGCUAUUUCAUGUGGAUGCAAAACUUACUAUAAUGAGGUAGAGAAAACCUUAAAAGGAGUUGGGAGGAUGAAGUAUCUUCGUCCACUUUAUACUGCUCUUGUGAAAGGCAGUGGGAAGGAAGAUGGUAAAGUAUUUGCCAAAAGAAUAUUUUCAGAGGCUCGUGAGUGUUACCAUCCAAUUGCUCAGGGUGUUGUUGAGGCCAUAUUUGCCAAGCAUCUCUAGAAGGAAUAAUUCUCAGAAUGUUUUAUGUAUUUGAACAUCUGCAAGUUGUCUGAGUGUACUCCUUUACAAUAAACAUAAGGUUUAAUUUUCUUUAACAGCUGCAGCAACCCAAGUUCUUUCAUAGUUCUUCCUGUUGGAGCAUCUCAUCUAGUGGUUUAUAGGGUUAUAAGAAGAGGAAGAAGACUAGAUAGGAAUUGGUGAUGAAGAUUUCAACUGUGAGAAUUUUAUCCUAAUAAGGAGGAUAUAAGAAUUUUUUGUGCUAAAAUUUGCUCGGACGGCUUUUGCUUGUGUUUACCUUGUACUCAACUUUCAUUAUAUUAGAGAUUUUUUCGUCUUGCGUUGUA